UGAAAAAUUAAUUCCAUGGGAGACGAGUUCUGAAGCUGGAAGAGACGACAGCGAACCCUUCUUUCUCUCUCUGAUUCUGUGCCUAAGAAUUGAGAGACAAAAAAACGAACCUAAAUUGGAGGAGAAAGAAAAUGCGAAGACCAACAAUUAGAAACUUCUCAAUCCCUUUUAUUAUGCGUCUCACGUUCUAUUGUAUUUAACUCUCAUCUCUCUCCGUUUCUUUCUUUUCCUUAUUCGUUUCUUUCUCUUUUGACGAUUCUGUUUCAUAAUUUCUAGGAAGAAUCGUCAUCUGGGUAUUUUAUUGCACCUCGAUCCGGGUUCUUUUCGGAUUCACCCACCAACCCUCUCCCUCCCUCUCUCUGUCUUUCUUUCUGUUUCUGGAUAGCAGAGAAAGGGAGCUAAAUCCACCGAGAUCUCGCCGGCAUCGAGGAAUCGUUUUUGGAGUUUUAUCUCUCUCACCCUUUAUCAGUUCUGAAUCCAGCAUAUGCAAUAAAAUUGUAGAAUCCAUUGCAGUCAGAGACCUGAGUAAUCUGAUUGUUUAUUUUCAGGUAUUUUAUGAGGUGAAUUGAACUUGUUGCGAUCCUUUUUCUGUAUUGGAACCAUUGCUCCUUUUGUUGUUUAGAAGGCUAUCAUGGGAGGCUGUGUAUCAACACACUCAGAAAAGAUCAGAAGUCGGAAGAAUGUGCAUCAUCAGUUUAGAAAAUAUGGUAGAAAGAUUACCAAUACUAUCCCCAAAGCUAUCAUAAAAAGAAAGAGCAAUGCUGGAAAUAGGGUCACUGAUUAUGCUGUCAGUGAGUUUGUUCAUAUGGAUCUUGAGAGUGGUGCAACCACUACUUGUAGAAGAUCAGAAGUUUCUAAUUCAACAUUCCACCUCACUCAGCUGCAAUGGCUCCACAGCCAGUAUGAUGCAAGCGCAAGUGGCCAAGAUGAAGCUUGGUUUGACUCUGUCAGUGUUCUGGAGUCCGACUCAGACGAUGAAUUCAGUAGUUUGCAUGGAGAUGGUUUUCCAUCCGUGGGAAAUGCAAUCGGGAACAUCUCGAGUGGCCAAGUGGUUCAAUACGAAAGAUCGUCACGCUUUCUGGAAAAUAAGUGCAAAUAUGAAGAAUACCAUGAAAGCUAUCUGAAAAUAGAGGGGGGAAAACCAGAAAGUAUCAAGAACAAGGAUGAAUAUGGAUUUGGUCUGAUGAGUAGCCAAGGUAAUGAAAUUUCCAGCAAGAAGAGUUCGAUGUUAGAUCAUUCUUAUGGCAGCUUGACGGGUCUAAAAGACGACUGGCAUUGUUCCGUAGAGAAGAAUCAAGAGACUAUUAUUAAGUCUGCCUUUCCACAUAUGAUUCCUUCUAUAAGUUUCAAUGAGAAGAUUCUGAAUCCUCAGGCUUCUCAGGGACACAAAAAGCAGUCGGCCGUUUUCAGGCUUUCGUUUAAGAGACGCUCAUGUGAUGGAGAAGAAACCAUAGAAAGAUGCCAAUCAAAGAAGUAUCUAUACCAUCCAAGAGCUGGACAUAUACCAUGUUUUUCAGGAGAGAAACCACCCCCAGGAAGCUGGUCCGAAAUUCCGCCCUCAACGUUCAAACUCCGUGGUGAAAGCUACUUCAAAGACAAGAAGAAAUACCCUGCUCCGAAUAUCAGUCCUUAUGUUCCAAUUGGCGUCGAUUUAUAUAUGUGUUCCAAGAAAAUCAAUCACAUUGCUCAACACCUGGAUCUCCCCUUGGUAAAAUCUGAUGCAAAGGUGCCUCCACUACUCAUAUUAAACAUUCAGUUGCCUAUUUAUCCAGCUGCAAUGUUCUUGGGUGAUAGUGAUGGGGAAGGAAUGAGUCUUGUUUUGUAUUUCAAAGUUUCUGAGAAGUUUGAUGAGGAGAUCUCUCUUCAUUAUCAGGAGAGUAUCAAGAAAUUGGUUGAUGAUGAGAUGGAAAAAACCAAAGGAUUUACGAAAGAUUCUACUGUUCCAUUCAGGGAAAGGCUAAAGAUUAUGGCAGGGGUGGUUAAUCCAGAGGAUCUCCAUUUGAGCUCCACUGAAAGGAAGCUCGUUAGUGCUUAUAACGAAAAACCUGUCCUUUCACGCCCUCAACAUAAUUUUUACAAGGGCCAAGAUUACUUCGAGAUUGAUCUAGACAUUCAUCGUUUCAGCUACAUAUCGAGAAAGGGACUUGAAUCAUUUCGAGAACGUUUGAAAAAUGGAAUACUUGAUCUCGGUCUAACCAUCCAGGCACAAAAACCAGAAGAAUUGCCAGAGAAAGUUCUGUGUUGUGUGAGGCUGAACAAGAUCGAUUUUAUGGAUCAUGGACAGAUACCCACAUUAGUGACGACCCGUGAAGAAGACUAAUACCGAGUCACCGACCCUAUGGUACAUUCCUCGAUUUGGUACGACAUGUCGUGACUCGAGCAGCUUAACGAAAGUAGCAGCCAGACAACGCAGUGAAAUACCGAGCCUUGGUCCUACUAAAUAAUCCAAAAAAUCCUUCAUUUUUUGUCCAACGAAUCACUCUUCUUUCCAGCUCAGAGCUUCUACCUACCAACAAAGAAGCAAGCCUUCACUGGCAAUGUCUCAAUGCCCUGUUCCAAGCUUACAACCAUUUGUUUGUAUAUGUUUAUUUCGUCGUCAUAGUAACAAAAGCCCACGAAUCUGAGCGCCAUGUUCAUAUGCGCAUGGAGCUCAACUCGUUGAGGCAUUAACAACCUUUCUCUAGUUCAUGUGAAUUUGUGCUUUUUUAUCCUUUUUUUUAAUAUAAUUCAGAUAAAAAAUAAAAAAUAAGAACAAUAAUUGUAAAGUCCAUCUA